CCUGAAUUUUUUAUGUGUUAAAAGUUAGAUUUUUUAAAAUCAAAUACAAAAUUAGACUAGGGCAUUUCGGGUGUCGAUUCCGCUCGUGUGAGAUAUUACAUGUAUCAGAUAUUUUGAAUAGGUAUUUUUAGGAACCGCCAACUUCUUGGUUUGAAUAAGUUCGGAUAGUUUCGUUUUUGGACUAGUUUAGGUAGUAAAACUAGAAACUGUUUGUAAUCCGAUGUCUCGUUUGAUUCAGUAAAAUAUUGAGUAAUUAGGAUGAUUCAGAUUAUAUCAAACGACUCGAAUUAUUUUUAUAUAUUUUUUAUAAAAAAAUACCAAAUAUCUUCCGAUAAUUUUGAUAAUUCGAUUUUUCUAACUAUUUUCAGAUACUUUUAGUAAAAUUAUAAAUAAGGUGUAUAUAUAUAUAUAUAUGGUUAAGUUAUAAGUAUAUAUAAUUAUAUUCAUAUAUAUACUUGGUGUCUAUGUAAUUUUUGGUUUGAUUAUUUUGAAUAUAAAAGUAUAAGAAGUGUUCAAAUAUUUGAAAGUUUUGGUCCGGUUUUGGUUAUUUUGAUCUAGUGAACAUGUUUUUGAAUUCAGGUAAAAUGUCAUGCUUAACAAAUUUAUAGCCAAACAAUUUAGUCACUAUUUUAAACAUUUUUCCACUAGAAGUUCUAUAAUUUUUUUAGAUGUCACAAAUACAUUAUGUUCUUUUUACAUUGUUGUAUAUAUAUAGCAUUUAUGUUUAAUGAGGAAGUUUCAAAACAAAUACCAUUUUCUGCUUUAAAAUUUUGAAAAAUAAAUAUAAUCCUAUAGUUUUCUAAACUACGUUUUAAGCAUUAAACGACAUGAAUAAAAAUUUAUAUUAAAGUAUUAACUAAAUCGUGGACAAAAUUCUUUAUUGUUAUAAAUUUGGACAUUUUAAUUAUAAAUGACCAAAAAUUCGAAUUCUUUUCCUUUUUUCAACCGUUGGCCAGCGCUUCAAAUUUCCUUUUUGAAGUAUCUCAGAAAAGGAAAUUAUGUUAUUCAAUUUUCCUUUUUCCGUGUGUCUGCAACACCGACUUAACUGAACCCCAACUCUCUAUAUAACAUAACACUCUGAAAUCACUUCUCCUUCGCCACAGUUUCCUAUUUUUUAAUUGUCUUAACGUUCUCUCUUUCCGAACAACGAUUUUGUGUCAAAACCCGAUUGAAAAGAUGGAAACGAAAGAAGAAUUCGUCAAGUUACUCGGCAAAGGUGCUUAUGGUUUUGUUAAUCUCGUCCGCUACAAUAAUCCCGACGACAACUCGUCCUACCUCUCAGCCGUAAAGAACUCUUACCAAGAAGACUACAACGCUCUCCAACGAGAGUUCCACGUUCUUCUCCAACUCAAGGGAUGUCCCAGGAUCGUCACAUGUCUCGGAGACUCUCUCCAACAAAGUUUCAGCAGAUUCGGGGAGAAACUCCACAAACUACAACUCGAGUUUGCUUCCGAAGGUAGUCUCCACGCUUUCAUGAACAAUUACGCCGACAGAAAGUUGCCUGAACCGUUGAUCAGGGAUUUCACUCGGAUGGUUCUCGAAGGUUUGGUCUCGAUUCACGACCAUGGCUACGUUCAUUGCGACAUCAAACCAGACAACAUACUCGUCUUCCCUUCUUCCACUUCGAGACAAGAUUCAUACGAGGUCAAGAUUUGUGAUUUCGGCAACUCGUUAGAGAUAGGGGAGGUUCCUCUGUGUUGGGAAAUUAACUUCCCGUGGCUCGGGACUGCGAUCUACAUGUCGCCUGAGUCGGUCCGUGACGGCAUCGCCCACGUGUCUCUAGACUUGUGGUCGGUGGGGUGUUUGGUUCUGGAGAUGUACACGGGCGUGAUUCCAUGGGAAGGCCUUGAACUAGAUGAGAUCGCUACUCGUCUCCUCUCGGGUAAAUCUCCAGAGAUACCUGAGACGCUUCCUUGUGAUGCAAAGGACUUUAUCCAAACGUGUUUCUCGAGGAACCCUGAGGAGAGAGGAAGCGCGCAUGAGUUGUUGCUUCAUCCCUUCUUGCCUCGUCCACAAGUUGAAGAAGAGGAUGAGAAGACAACAGAGGAGAAGACAAGUAACUCGUUUCUGUCGAACCUGUUCAAGUUGAGAAUCAGAAGAAGAGGUUCCAAGAAGAAACUAGCGAAGGAUGAUGUUGCUGUUUCAGACAUGAAGCCUUUGAAGUUGAGGUUUUGGAAGACAAAGACCGUUAAGAGAACUCUGACCAAAGUCUUGGGGUUGAAGAAAUCGACAGACUUCUUUCAGUUUAGUGUCCGUUCAUUAAGGUUUAGUACGUACUUUAUAUUCAUGAAGGUCUAGUAUGUCUCCUGUUUAAAGUCUCUGUUUAGUAUAUGUUGUUUCUGUUCAUUAUAAAGUUUAGUAACUCAGGUCUCAAAUGUAAACCAGCUUUCAAAGUUUUACUGCGGUUAAUUUAGCAUUUGAAUAGCAGCUUUCAAAGUUUUACUACUGUAUGUUUCUAACUGUUAAAAAAGUUGUUCUUUUCUCUUGAAAA